AUAAUUUUCAAAAUAGAUUAAAUGUGUUCAGUAAAUUCCUUUCAUAUUAUCUGUGCAUUGAGCUCUUCAACUUUGUCAAAUGAAAUGUACAUUGGUUUUACUAGCCACUACUUACCGUGUACAUAACUGAAUAAACAGAGUGAAUAGUGUUUAUUCUGGUAUGUGUUUCAUUAAGAAAUGCAGCUUUUUUUGUUCCUGUGCAUGAUCAAAGUUUCUUUUCAUUAAAAUUUAUGACGGUUAUGUCUGAAGGUAGGACAUUUCUGCCCCCUAGUGUAUGUGGCCAGUAUUCACACAUUAAUACAAACAAUCUGUAGGUGAUCAAGAACCUUACCAGGGGAGAGGCAUUUCAUUGUUGGUUUAAAAUAAUUAUGUUAAUUCAUCCAAUAAAUUGUAGCGCGUUAAUGAUUGUCUUUCGACACGCUAGCUAACCUUAAAAUCUUUAGGAUUAUUAUUUUUCUUAUCCAUUGAAAAAACCAAACACAUUGCCCUCAUAUCAAUCAUAAUUGAAACACUGACAUUUUCAAACGCAACGUGGUUUCUGCACCCAAAGGUCAAUCAAUAGUUCAGUGAUUGGGAUGCUGGGCCUACGCUUAGCUCCAGACAGCGAAGAGCCGCUGAAGUGUCGCGCAAGCCAUUUGAAAUGGUGGGUUUUAGCGCACGUUUUGCGAAAUAACAUUAACUGUGUCCGAUUGGCGGUGUGACGAGUAUUGACAUGCAAUCUUUCGCUCAAGCAUCAUUAAUCCUUUUUAGAGUUUUACUCAAAUUAAAGAGUUGUACAAAGACACAGAGCCAGGGCGGAUAAUGCUAAACAUCGCUCUAAGUUAGCAAAUGGGUGGCAUUUUGCCAAAGUAAUCGUAACACGGAUUUGCUAAUUUGACGUGAGAAUUUUUUACGAAGUGCAUCAUCGUGAAAUCUCUGGAACAAUAACCAUUAACAAUAAAGACCUACUCGUUCUGAUCAGUAUAGCAAAACAUUCACACUGAUUCACAGUUCAUUAAAUCAAAAGUUGUCUAAAAAUAGAACAUUGAAUAUCUUUCUAUGAACAACAAAUUUGCUCUGAUUCGAGAAAAGCAAAUUAUUUAGCUUCAAAUAAAAUGUUUUUCUUUCUUUAUGCCCCUCCCAGUUUUAUAAUUGGCUGUAUAAAGACGUCCUUAACGCUGAAGAAAUUCCCCAAAAAUAAAAUCAUACAGCUAGCAAUAUGUAGGCCAGUGGUCCCCAAACUACGGCCCGCGGGCCGGAUCCGGCUCGCCUCCCCAUUUGGACCGGCCCCCUGAACAAUACCAGAGACGCGUUCCGAUUUAUUAUUUUUUUCACCCGCUGCCGUUGCGAUUGCAGUGAGAUGCGGAAAAAAUGUGAAGUGGUGCUCUUCGCAAUAAAACAUCUUUGAUGUGACGUGUCGCGUCUCGGCCAAUCAGCGUUCAGAUGUCGACAGCGUUUGGGAAGUUAGGUUAGCUUGAAUGUCAGUCCGCUACAUCUGCUGCCGUCACGCGGCACGGUGUAGCGAUGCGAACAAAGUACCCGUACGUUAAACACGAUGUGAUUUAGCAUAUUUUUAGUAUCGACACUUCAUUAAAAGAGCGAUCAGAGCGCACACGCUGCUCCGCUCCGUUAAAUGCUGCCUGCACACGCAGCGCACACAGCGAGCGGCGAGCGCAUUGCUCAGCCGUGAUGCGCGCACACAGGUGAGCACACUCAUUUCUCACUAGCACCCCCCCUCCCCCCUCCCCCGGCUGGCCCUCCAGCAGACAAGGGAAACGUUAUGUGGCCCUCUCACGAAAAAGUUUGGGGACCCCUGAUGUAGGCAGACAAAACAUGGGUUUCAUCUUUUGUCAGUUGCAAUUAACAUAAAAAUCCAAAGAAACAAGUCCCAAUCAUGCUAUCCGUGUGAAUGUGAUGUGCGUUUUUAUGCGUAUCGUUCAUUGUGUAUCUUUUCCACAGCGGAGACAUGAAGACGGGGUGUGAAGAUUUUCAAAUUUUGAAGAAAAAGAAGACUGCUCGACACCACUCAACUGGAUAUUGCUGAAGUGGAGACAGCGUUCGUUGUUUAACGUGAAGAUGGAACGGAUUUGGCAGUUAGCCCAAAUUUGACAAGACAAACCCUUUUUGUUUUUUACUGGACUAUAACGCGUGGAUUUUUUAUUUUUGCCAACAACAUAGGCAACUGUUGCUGGCUAUAUAGUGGACUUGAACAAUUACACUUUUUGUGGAGGAAACGCAAAAUCAGCAUUUGUACAUUCGAUUUUCAAAUGUUGUUUUUCAAUAAAGUGUAUGACUUCGUAUUUUUUUCUUCUUCCUGGCUUUGUUUCAAGAACCAUCUAUACAGAAAGUUACAAUUGGAUAUGGAGCGCAAUAUUUUGCUAACGUUGAAGUCUUUUAGCGCGGCUGUUGGUUUGAAUAUUUUCGCUAAUCGGUACAACAAAUAAAUUUGGUUAGCACUGACUUUGUUUCACUAGCGUUACUCAUCAAUGUCUGCUAAUUCAUAGAUUAGCAUACGUUAUUUACGGUAACGUACUGGGUUGAUGAAUGUCCCAAAGUCAAGUUCUCUUAUAAAAGUGUUGUUCUACGAAGACAAUUUAUCAUGCUAUUGGUGAAAUAAAGGCAAAGUGCAAAAAAAAAAGUAGGUUCCAUUCAGUCCCAAAUCUUUGCUUAACCCAAUAAAACAGUCAAAGAACACGCAUGUUGUAAGGUAUUUAGCAAGUAGCAACAAAGGCUUUGGCAUGAACCGAAAUGGCUUCCAAAGGCUCUCUAAAAUGGCUCCUGGUUGUCCUUCUUCCUGUCUGAGCAGGAAGUGAUGUAAUUGGUGCAACACAAUUUAUAUACUUUAAAGCCUGUCAGUAUUCGUACCUUUCUAUGAAGUUUGAAGUAAAGGUCUCAACCUCAGGUAUUGGGCUUUCAAUUACUUAAGUUGAAAUAAAAGCAUAUUUUAAACAUAAUAAAAGGGGUGGGACUUAAACAUCACCUGAGUGGGGUAAAUGGAAAUAACGUCAAUCAAAGGGAAAGCUUUCAGAGCUAGGAAGCAGCUCUAGAUGGCGGCUGAGCCUUGGGAACGGUGCCAUGGGCUUUCGUCAGACAGUUUCUCUCGGCCGUUUUUCGACGGAGACCGCUCUAUUCUGACACAAAUUAAAUAGCUUUGAUCGUGCGAUCGGCGUUUUACCGGGAUUUUGGGCGUUUUGCGUGUUUUUUCGGGCUGUUUCUUCGAGCUGAACGAGCCGUCUGUGCUGAGGGAGCGCUCGUCGUUGUUUUCGAUACUGGGCUUUGGCCGCCAUGGCGCGCCUCCAUUUUUAGUGUGCUGCUCGCCUCUGUCGCUCUGAGUCUGACAGCAGAUGCAGACUUUAAAGGCCUAAAAGGGUUUCGAUCCAAACGCUUUUUCUUUCUUAUUUAUUUGUUGAGUUAUUCUUAUUUUCAUUCUUUUUUUUUUUUACAGCUUGCAUUUUUUUUAUUCGAGUCGGAUAAAAAACCCGUGAUGGAGCGAACGUGUAUCUAAUAGUUCAUUUAUAGGUUACAACCUUUCUUCACAUUGAAUUGUUCUGUUUACAUUGUAUAGUUUACAAUUAACAGUUUUUCUCAUCCUUAAAUGUUAUUUGUCUGACCCUUCAUGUGAUGACGCAGUUAUAAUUAAUUGCAUGCGGAUUGAUCAAGUAUAUUAAACCUAUUAUAGCAGCAUUUUUCAUGUUUCUUAGCUCUAUAUUAAAUUAGCAAUGUAAAUAAUAAUACUCCACUCUUUCGAUUUAAUCCCUUUUUCUUAACUCGUGUCGCACCGCCUGUUUUUUUCUUUUUUUUACUGCCACUUGAGCCAAGGCUAUUGGUGGGACUUUUAUGAUAGUUCAUGCCUGCUCUAACUUUUUGACAGUAAAUACCAGGACAAAAGAUCAUCCUAUCAAAGAUUAUCAGGAUACUACCAUGAUGAAGACUAAAAGUAAAAAACAAGAGGAGGAAGGAUCGACUCAAAGCAAUGCAUCAAGCAAUUCAGCCUCAGAGGAAUCCAACCGCUCGGCGUCGGAGUCGGCAAGUCGUUCAGAGAGCGAGCAUGGCAUCGAGAGGAGGAGAUCCCACAACUCUGAGUCAAACAGCUCCUCAGAGUCCGAGUGUCACUCUGAGUCGGAGAGCGAGUCUGCAGAGUCCAAAUCACAGCAAACCUCAGCGGAAGUGAAAGACAAGCCAGUUAGAAAGAAGGAGCGACUGGCAGACGUGAAGAAGAUGUGGGACGAACAUCCAGAUGUUUAUGGAGUCAGGCGGUCGAAUCGCAGUCGACAGGAACCGGCUCGUUUAAAUAUUGGAGCUGGGGGCAGCAGUGACUCUGAGAGUGAAAGUCCCAAGAGAAAAACCUCCCGAGCUAAGAAAAAAGAAGAUAUCUGGAACUCAAAUGAUGAAGACGAGGAGGAGGAGGCUUCCGACAGUACAGACAGUGAGCAGGAAGAGAAAAAAGUUAGAUCCAGACGACUUCCUGCUAGAAGACCGCAGACCAAAUCAUCAACCAACAAAAAGCAACCGUCUCAAAAAAGCAGGAAGUCCAGGAAACAGGACUCAUCUGCUGAAGAAGAUGACGACGACGAUGACGACACUCCAAAGAGACAGACUCGAAGAAGGGGUGCAACAAAUGUCAAAAGUUAUAAAGAGGACCAACAUGACAUUGAAACCGACUCUGAUGACCUGAUUGAAAUGGUGGGGGAGGCAGGCGAGGAGCUGCUGGAUGAAGACAGUGAGACCAUUGAGAAGGUUAUGGACACCAGGACCGGGAAAAAAGGAGCCACCGGGGCCUCCACGACUGGGUAUUCUGUGCAGGAGAAUGGGGACCCGAGUGAAGGCUUUGACCCCGAGAACGAUGAGGGGGAGACUCACUAUCUGAUCAAGUGGAAGGGCUGGUCCUACAUCCACAACACGUGGGAGAGCAUGGACUCUCUGCUGCAGGAGAAGGUCAAGGGCCUAAAGAAGCUGGACAACUACAAAAAGAAACAGGAAGAGCUCAAUUCAUGGUUGAACAGGGUGUCGCCUGAGGAUGUAGAAUUUCACAACUGCCAACAGGAGCUCGUAUCGGACCUGAACAAGCAGUUUCACAUUGUGGAGCGCAUUAUCGCAAUAAAAACAGCAAAGACACCAGCGUCCUCUGACUUUCCCUCUCAUAGUCACAAGACACCCUCCUCCAAUGAGCCAGAGUAUCUGUGCAAGUGGAUGGGCUUGCCCUAUUCCGAGUGCAGCUGGGAGGAUGGAGCUUUGAUUGGAAAGAAGUAUCAGCGCUGCAUCGACAGCUUCAUGAACCGAAACUCCAGCAAAACCUUCCCCUCCAAAGACUGCAAGGUGUUAAAGCAAAGACCGAGGUUUGUUCCUCUGAAGAAACAACCAUCGUACAUUGGAGAUGAUAACCUUCAACUGAGAGAUUAUCAGCUGGACGGCGUGAACUGGUUGGCCCACUCCUGGUGCAGGUGCAAUAGCGUUAUCCUCGCUGAUGAGAUGGGGCUGGGAAAGACCAUCCAGACCAUCUCCUUCCUGUCGUACCUGUUCAAUCAGCAUCAGCUGUAUGGACCCUUCUUAGUGGUGGUCCCUCUGUCCACACUCACCUCCUGGCAGAGGGAGUUCGACUCCUGGGCUCCUCACAUGAACGUGGUGGUCUACCUCGGUGAUGUCAUGAGCAGGAAAUCGAUCCGUGACUACGAGUGGGUGAACCAUCAAACGAAAAGAAUCCGUUUCAGUACACUAUUAACCACCUAUGAAAUUGUACUCAAAGACAAGGGGGUGCUUGGGAACAUCAACUGGGCGGUUAUGAGUGUGGAUGAAGCUCACAGGCUGAAGAACGACGACUCCCUGCUGUACAAAUCAUUGAUGGAGUUCAGGUCUAACCACAGGCUCCUCAUUACCGGGACUCCGCUGCAGAACUCCCUCAAAGAGCUCUGGUCACUGUUGCACUUCCUCAUGCCUGACAAGUUUGAUUCCUGGGAGGAUUUUGACGAAGUACACGGGAAAGGAACGGAUAACGGUUAUCAGAGUCUCCACAAAGUCCUCGAGCCCUUCCUUCUGCGACGUGUUAAGAAAGACGUGGAGAAAUCGCUUCCGGCCAAAGUCGAACAGAUUCUCCGUGUAGACAUGACUGCACAGCAAAAACAAUUCUACAAGUGGAUUUUAACGAGGAAUUAUAGAGCUCUUUACAAAGGCCCCCGAGGCAGCUCCUCUGGCUUCCUGAACAUAGUUAUGGAGCUUAAAAAGUGCUGCAACCACAGUUUUCUCAUUAAACAGCCAGAGGAUGUCGACGGUGAAACCCAACAGGAACACCUGCAGAGUGUCGUGAGGGGCAGUGGGAAGCUGGUGCUGCUGGACAAGCUGCUGACCAGACUCCGAGAAAGAGGCAACCGAGUCCUGAUAUUUUCCCAGAUGGUCAGGAUGUUGGACAUUCUGGCUGAAUACCUCGCCAAGAAUCGCUACCCAUUCCAGCGGCUGGACGGUUCCAUUAAGGGAGAAAUACGAAAGCAAGCACUCGACCACUUUAAUGCAGAAGGCUCAGAGGACUUCUGCUUCCUGUUGUCCACCAGAGCUGGAGGUUUAGGGAUCAAUUUGGCCUCGGCAGACACCGUCGUCAUCUAUGACUCUGACUGGAACCCUCAAAAUGAUCUGCAGGCACAAGCCAGGGCUCACCGGAUCGGCCAGAAGAAACAGGUGAAUAUUUAUCGACUGGUCACCAAAGGGACAGUGGAGGAGGACAUCAUUGAGAGGGCAAAGAAGAAGAUGGUCUUGGACCAUCUUGUCAUUCAGAGAAUGGACACCACUGGUCGGACUGUUCUUGACAGCAACUCAGGAAACACAAAUUCAAACCCAUUCAACAAAGAAGAACUGACCGCCAUCCUCAAGUUUGGUGCAGAGGAGCUUUUCAAAGAGGCAGAAGGAGAGGAGUCUGAGCCACAGGAGAUGGAUAUCGAUGAGAUCCUGAGGUUGGCUGAAACGAGAGAAAGUGACCAGGGCUCCAGUGCUACGGAUGAACUUCUAUCUCAGUUCAAGGUUGCCAAUUUCUCGAGCAUGGAAGAGAGCGUUCCGGAGUUUGUGGAUAGGUCCAUACGGGAAUGGGAUGAUAUCAUCCCUGAAGAGCAGCGGCGGAAAAUUGAGGAGGAGGAGAAGCAGCGGGAGAUGGAUGACAUCUUCUUGCUGCCCAGAAGCAGAAGCUCUAACAAGAGGGCUCAGGCAAACGAUAGCGACAGUGAUGUGGGCUCCAAGCUGAAGAACCGCUCCUCAGGCUCUGAAAGUGAGACUGAUGACAGUGAUGACGACAAGAGGCCAAAGAAGAGAGGCCGGCCCAAAGCCCGCAAAAACCAUGUGGAGGGUUUCACUGAUGCAGAGAUCCGCAGGUUCAUUAAGGCAUACAAGAAAUUUGGAUGUCCACUCGACAGGUUGGAGGCCAUCGCCCGAGACUCUGAGCUGGUUGACAAAUCCAUUGCCGACCUGAAGAGACUUGGCGAACUGAUUCACACGAGCUGUGUGACUGCAGUGCAGGAGCACGAGGAGCACCUCAAAGAGAACCCAGCUGAAGCUAAAGGUCCUGGGAAGCGGCGAGGAAUUAACAUCAAGAUCUCGGGAGUGCAGGUCAACGCCAAGUCCAUCAUCCAGCACGAGGAAGAGUUUGAGCCUCUGCACAAAGUGGUGCCGUCCAAUCCUGCUGAGAGGAAUAAGUUCAAUCUGACAUGCAGAGUGAAGAUCGCCCACUUUGACUUCGACUGGGAGCUGCAGGAGGACGUGCAGCUCUUGCUCGGUAUCUAUGAGCACGGCUUUGGCAACUGGGAUCUGAUCAAGACGGAUCCUGACCUUAAACUCGCUGACAAGAUUCUCCCAGACGACCUAAACAAGAAGCCUCAGGCCAAGCAGUUGCAGGCGAGAGCCGAGUAUCUUCUCAAGCUGCUGAAAAAAGAACAAGACAGCACGGACCUGUCUAAAACAGUGCAGGAGGUCAAAGUGAAGAAGAGGAAGCCUCGGGUUAAAAAGGAGAACAAGAUUCUCAAGGAUGAGCAGGGCAACGACAUCUCCUCCCCCCGCCUGUCCGACAACCCGUCGGAGGAGGGCGAGGUCAAGGAUGAUGGAACAGAGAAGUCCCCCGCCAAGAAAAGACAAAAGAAAAAGGACAACAAAGAGAACAAAGAAAAACAGGGAACUCCUAAAAAGCAGAAGGGGAAAGAAAAGAAGGUUGCCAAGCCCAAAAAAGAAAAGGCUAAAGGAGCUAAAGGGAAGAAAACUGACGGUCCAGUUCACAUAACGGCUGGGUCCGACCCCGUUCCCAUCGAAGGGAAGGAGGAUGAUGAACUUGACCAGGAUACUUUCAGUGUUUGUAAGGAGCGCAUGAGGCCGGUGAAGAAGGCCCUGAAGCAGCUGGAUAAACCAGACGAGGGUCUGUCUGACCAGGACCAGCUCCAGCACACUCGCACGUGCCUCCUGAAGAUCGGAGACCGGAUCACAGAGUGCCUUAAAGCCUACAGUGACCCUGAACAUGUCAAAAUAUGGCGGAGAAACCUCUGGAUUUUUGUGUCCAAGUUCACCGAGUUUGGUGCCAGGAAGCUUCACAAGCUUUACAAAAUGGCUCAAAAGAAGCGAUCUCACGAGGAAGAGAAGGAGCAGAAGAAGAAGGAUUCUGGAGGGAGGGGGAAAAACUUCCGCCCAGAGUCCUGUGGUUCCAGUAGAGACUCCACGGGUAAUCAGUCGUCCUCUAAACCGGGAUCUCACUCGACUCAGGCGGGCCCCCACGGGCACCACCGGGAGUCAUACAACUCGGCUAAUAAGAGGCACUUUGGCAAUGAUGAUAGAGGAGACUGGCAGAGGGACCGUAAGUACAAUUACCCGAGUAACAGCAACCCGUCGUGGCAGGGAGACCGACAUCAUCCGUAUGAUCGCUACAAGGAUCACUACGGGGACCACUACGGGGACCGCCGGCCACACGGAGACUCGUACCGCAGCUCAGGCAGUUACCGCAACAACAGCCCCCCUCGAAAAAGGCCGUACGAGCAGUACGACAACGACCGGGACCACAGGGGUCAUAGACCCUAUUAUGACAGGCAUUCGGAUCCCAAAAGAAGGCGUUCUGAUGAGUUCCGUCCCAACUACCACCAGGGCAGAGAAGGCCCUCUUCAGGACUUCCGGAGGAUGCCAGAGCAGAGGCCCAUGGGUCCUCCCGGGCCAGAACACUACAGCAGGCCCUUCCACCCCAACAAGCCUCCCCCGCCGCAGGACCCUCGCUCCCCGCAGGCUCACAGGUCUCCCCAGAACUCCCGCUCCUCACUAGAGCGGCCUGCAGAGCCCAACGCCACAGCAGAACCGAGCUGGAACAACAGGAAAACAUAAAAGGACGCCACGGCUGCUGAUGGAGUCUGGACUCGCAAAAUAGAAGCUCUCAGCUGGAAAGGAAAUCAACCCUCGUGACCAGCAACACUCCUCUGCUCUCUUCUCCCAGCGACACUGGCUGUGAAUGACGCCAUGAAGGAAGAAGUGUAUCUGUCACCUCCAUGGUGAGAGAAAGAUACAACUGAAACGAGCAUCUUUAUUUAAAUGUAGUGACUCCUCUCAGUCUACCAUGGUACGACUGAGAGGAGUGCGUAUGGAUGCUUAGUCCCGUGGACUAUUUUCUAAGGAGAAUUUAGGAUACAAGAACUGAUGGCUGAUCUCAAUCCUAAAAGUGCCUGAAGGCUUUUGGCCUUUCUGAAUGGUAAAUGUUGGGAUUUUUCCCAAAGGAAGCAUGACAUGGACAUUAUGUGUUUUGUGUUUAGCUUCAAGUAUUGCAAAUGAUGUCAUGAGAAGAUUUCCAUAGGAAGGAAUGUGUAACGUGUUCGUCAUCACCUGCACCUCGGACAUGUCGCUGAAUCACCAUGUGGGUUAAAAUGGUGUGUUGGCCCAAUGCUUCUGAAAUUUGAUCGAGCAACAAAGCCAGGACGCCAGUCGUUUGAAAAUGUAUUUUUAGCAAACGAUUAUGACUCGUGUACAAAUGGUCAUUAUGUCUGUAAUUGUGUAGCUGUAUAAAUCAUUGCAAUCCUCUUGCUUUGUUCACUUUAACCACUUUCCCUCUGAGUGGGCCCGAUGAAAUGGACGCUUUGUAAGCAGUAUUUAUUUCAACAUAUUGUGCAAAGGCUGAUAACACGACAACUUGGGAUGAUCCUUUUAUUUGUGUUGCCUUUCAGUGUUCUGGUGGCUAAGUAUGGUACUUCAGUGUCGGUACAUUAAUUCAUCUUCCCGCCCACAGUAUGUAAGUACUCAAUGUCUGAAAAUACUUUGUGAUAAAACAUUUUCUUUCCUUAUCUAUGGUUUGGUAAUGCUGUUGCCAGGAGGUCGUUUCAAGGUUAUCAGGGAUUUGCUGAUGACAUUUAAUUAUUUUUAUUACCUUUGGUCACUUUUCCUAUGCCAAACCUGCUCUGUCCCUCAACUGUUUCUUUUUUUAAUGCUUCUCCAUUUGGGCCUUAUUUAUGUGUGUAUUAUCAUACUGUAUAUUCAUGGACAGUACUGGGGCCGGAUACAGGCAGGGUGUAGUAUUACAGUGUCAUUUUAAGGAAAUUGUUCAAAGUGAACUGGUUGUGGGACCACUUAUUCUGGUAAUCGUCAUCUGGUUCUGUGGUUUCCAAAAGUGUUGUUGAUUUGAUGAGAAAAAGCUACAUUUAAAGAAAUCCCAGUGGACAGCCGGCGGUAAGCAAGCUCCUGUUCCUGUAUCAAACGUCCUCUAAGAAAGUCUAAUAGUUUAUAUUUGUGACAAAACCACCCUUCAUGAGAAAUGUGCUGUACAUAUGUUUGGACAUAUGUAAUAAACUUUGUUACACACUGAA